AUGUCAUCAUUAGCUGAAGAUAAGGAGGUUAGGGCCAAGGAAGAGGUUGAAUACAUCUCGAGUGGAGAAGAAUCGGCCAUUUCGGAAGAACACAAACAAUAUCUUAUUGCAAAGCAUGGGACUUAUGACUUGGUUCCGCUACCAUCGAUGAAUGACAAUGAUCCAUUGAACUGGUCCAAUGGGUUCAAGCACUUGCAGUUGGCUAUGGUGGCCUUUCAUGCUUUCAUGGCUACGUUUGUGGCGUCCGGUUUGGUGCCUGUUGUCGGAUUGUAUUCUGAGGUUUUCCAAAUGUCAACGGCAGACGUGGCAUACUUGGUGUCUGUCCAGAUUGUAUUGGUUGGUACGUUCCCAUUAUUGUGGGUGCCCUUGAUGGAAAGAUAUGGUAAACGUUUGCUUCUUAUUGUGUCAACAUUUGGAACUAUGUGUUUUUCCUUGGGAAGUGUAUUUGCUACAACUUAUGGAACCAUGAUGGCAAUGAGAUGUUUGCAGGCCAUAUUUAUCUCCCCUGGUUUGGCUGUGGGUGGUGCCGUUGUGAAUGAAACUACAUUCAGUCACCAAAGAGGAUCCAGAAGUGGUAUUUGGGCUAUCGCUGUGAAUUUGGGAACCAUGGUUGGUGCCUUGUUGAUGGGUAUUGUUGCACAACAUCAAGACGCAAAGUAUAUCCAUGUGGUGUUUACAUUCAUCAACUUUGGACAAGUUGUUUGUUACCUUCUCUUUGGAAAGGAGUCGCUGUUUAACCAUGAGGAUUUAUCCAAAAAUGAAACCAACAGAUUCAAGCAGUUACGCUUCAGGGCAAUUUUCCCAGAGAAUCACAUAACUUUGAAAAAGAUAUUCCACCCCAUGGUUUUCUUUGCAAAUUUGAGAAUCUUCAUUCCAACGUUUGUGUACUCAAUGUGCUUUCUUCAUGCAAAUAUCGCCUUGAAUAUCGAGAUUCCAGAAGUUAUGUAUUUGAAGUUUGGAUUGGGACCUCAAGCUUUGGGAUUGCAGUUUGUUUCAUUUAUUAUCGGUGCCGUUUUGGGUGAAGUUGGUGGUUACAUGUCUGAUAAGUUGGUUGCAUGGGGUCAAAAGAGAGGCAAGGGGCCUUCUUUCAGAUUAUGGAUUACGUACCCUGGAUUUGCCACUUGUAUCAUUGGAUUGGUUGUGUUUGGUGUGCAGAUUGAUGCUGCUGCUACCUGGAAUGUUACCCCAUUGGUUGGUUGUGCCUUGGCUUCCUUUGGUUUGCAAAUCAUGACUUCCCCAUUCAUUGCAUACUGUAUUGAUAUGGAUCACACACAAGCUGGAGCUAUCAUUUUGUUUAUCACUGUUGUGAGACAGACACUUGCUUUCAUUGGUCCAUUCUAUUUCCCAAUUAUGUUUGCUAGAUUGGGUUUCACGAUUGCGUAUAGUAUAAUGGCUGGAAUCAUUGGUGGAUUGGCGUUCCUUCCUACCCUUAUUUUGCACUUUAUAGAUGCAAGGAACGGCAAGUAA